UUUCUAUCGCUACUAUACAUACAAUAGACACACUGCAGAUUCCAUUAUCAAUCGAAAUCUAUCUGCCCCGUUCUUUGACGGAAUCUCUCCGGUCGCGCUGGUCGCCUUAUUGUUACAGGCCGACCCUAAGCGGAGACGGCAACCAGUACCUGAGUCUUUCACCCCACCAUUCAACCCCGCCAUCCCUCCCACGAGCUCUUCUCCUUCAUCAACAAAUCGUCAGUUUAAGUUUGAGAAUCAUGUCGGUCGAAGAUAUUCUAGCACAAAUCCCAGCUGCGUUCCGCGGCCCGGGCGGCGCCGUCGCAGUUUUGAAAGAUGGCGAAGUCAUCGGCACCAAGGUUUGGGGCUUUGCAGACAUGCAAAAGCGCAUUCCUGUCGGCACUGAUACCAUCUUUCCCAUCUGCUCGAUUACCAAGCACUUACUUUGCGGUCUAGUCACCGAUCUCAAGUCGAACCCGACCGAAGCUAUGAAGGCAACUGGACUCGAGCCCUCCCAGCUCUUCGACAGGGAGCUCGCCAACGUGCUGCGACCUGAGCUCAUCAACAACUCUGGCCUUACAUUUGACAACCUCUGCAACAAUGUCUCUGGUAUUCGCGACUACUGGGGACUGACUGUUCUUUGGGGUGCUGAGCCGGAACAAAAGUGGUCCAUUGAGCAGCAUGGCGCUCAGAUGCUCCAGCGCUUGAAGUCGUUUCAUUUUGAACCCGGAACGUCAUACUCGUACAGCAACACAAACUAUUUCGCCAUUGCUCGAGCCGUUGAGCACGCCACUGGCCAGCCAUUGACGGAGCUCCUACAACAGAGAAUUUUUGGGCCUGCUCAAAUGAAGACCGCUAGCCUGUGCGCCGACAGCUUCACCCAUCCGGGUCCUCUGAUUGCCUACGAAGGAACCGAGAAGGAGGGUUACUACCCUGGCAUCAACAGAAUCGAAUGGGCUGGAGAUGCUGGCGCUGUUGCGUCUCUCGACGACAUGAUCAACUACGAACGAUUCAUCGACUCCACACGCGACCAGCCUGAGAGCUGGUACCGCCUCAACUCCCAGCAACAGCUGUUCAAGGAUGGAGAGAAAUCAAACUACGGCCAAGGCUUAGCCAAGAUGUUUGUUGGCGACCAUGUUGGCAUUGGCCAUGGUGGUGCACUACGUGGCUACCGUCUGCACCGUGUAUACUUUCACGACGAGCGCCUUUCUGUAGUCGCCCUUCUCAACAGCGAGUACCUCCACGCCAAUGAUGUUUGCUCAUUUGUCGUAAAGAAGAUGUACAAUGUUCCUGAACCAGAAAAGCCGAUAUGUGAGGCCAGCUCUGAAUGGGCUGGUAUUUACCUGGACCCAGUCACUGAACUUGCUAUUAUCGUUGAUGUUGUGGACAAGGUUUACGUCAAUGUCAAGUAUCACCGAGCCACUGAGAAGCUAUCUACAGUUGACGCACGCACAGCAAAGAAGCCGGAUGGAACAUUCGAGGCCAAGAUCGACGGCGACCAGCUUCACGUCUACGUUGUCGGUGAAAACCGCCGCAUUGUUGCCAACCGUGUUGCCAACGCUGAGGUGUCGCCCACGUCGUCUGAUCUUGCUGGUCAAUUCCACUGCACUGAGAUUGAUUCCACUUUCAACUGCUCAGGAGCUGGUAGCCUGAUUUAUGGAGCAUUCGAUGGAUUUUUGGGCAGGGGCCCUAUUCACCUUAUGCGACCACUCGCUAAGGACAUUUGGGCUCUUGCAUGCCCCCGCGCCAUGGACUCCACGCCACCCGGCGACUGGACUAUUAUCGCGGAUAGGGGUGAGAGCGGAAAGGUUACGAAAUUACGAAUUGGCUGCUGGUUGGCGAGAAACUUGGAGUUUGUUCGCGUCAACUAGUGCCAGGGCGUAACGUACAGCAAAAAUAAUAAAUACAUAUAUAAGAAAUUACACUGCCCUGGCCUGUGAGAAGGGCCUUUGUUCAGUCCAACAAAUAGAGGGUAUCAUAUUACUAUCGCUGAAUGAAUUAAAACAAAAGUUGGCAUUGUCACCAUCACUACAGCCAGACGGCUAAUCUUGAAUGCCUGAUAUUUGUUCGGGAUGCCAUGGCGACAAUUCGGACUACAAGCAGCGCCAAUCUGAUUCGGAGACUGUCACUAGUUAGCUACGGUCGCCACGCGCAUAUCUUGUGACGGUGACAUACAACUGCAUGGCGGACCUUGCAAAGUUGGACAAACAAGUUAAACAGCGAGAUGUGCUUCCAAAAUCAUCGAUAAAUGCCCGUCACAUCAUUUGAAGCGUGUAUGUAGGAUGGAAGACACUUUAAAGAAAAUCUGUCGGCUAAAAAUGACUAUAAUGCGACUAUGCGCAUAAAAGAGCAAAGCGCCAUGGGAGAUGUCAAAUGGUGGGGUUUGUGGCUAAUGCCGUUACAUUUGGUAGACGACAGCACCACAUUUGGGCGAAUGCUCCAUCAGCACCAUAGUUUGGGUCACAUCUGUGCAAUAUGGUUAGCGUAAAUGAUUCUAAAAGAAGAUUACCACUCUGGAUACUACCAAAGCAGAGUUGUUUAAACCAGCAGUA